AUGUCGCAUAUGUGUUUUUUCUUCGACUAUGACUACUAUUACGAUGAGGGUCCAAAAUCAAUCGAUAGCUUUGGAGAUGCGAUCCAUGUCGAACUAUUGCUCCUUAGAGAGGUAUUGCAAGCUGGCGAACAUUUUCUCGAUGAUGGAAGAAUUUGUCAAUAUCUAAACAUCUUCGACAAUAUUAUCGAAUAUAUUGACAAACUUAUUGAUCACUUGAAUGAUACCGCCAUGAGUUUCUCCAAAUCGCUACAUAUGGCUGCAAAAAGAGGCGACUUAAACAUUAUCAUGUGCUUGGUGAACAAUGGAGCCAAUCUUGCUGAUAUUGAACACAAGGUAGUUUGCAGAUGUUAUGCCAUUGGCUCUGAAGAGAAAACAAUCAAGCUUUUCUUGAAAGCGAAGCAGUUGUUGUCGAGCUACAUCUCCAGUCAUGAAUUAGAGCAGAAUGUUAAAGAAAGAAUCCAGAAACGACACACUGAUCUCGAUGCCAAACUCGAGCUGCUCGAAGAGGCGGCCAGAGGAAGUUGGAAUCGAGGUCGUCGAAAAUUAGGAAAAGUCGAUAUCAAUGCUAGAAUUCGGUUCUAUGAAGGUGUCGCGUCGACAACGGCUCUCGAACAUGCUUCUUCAGUUGAAGUCGCUGAACUUUUGUUAAAUUCAGGUGCUGAUGUUAAUUCCAGGAAUGAUCAUGGAAGAACGCCCCUCAUGUCAGAAAAAGCUAGAAGGCGGGCUGACAUCGCGGCAGUUUUACUCAAGAAUGGAGCUGAAGUGAACGCUAUCGAUAAUUAUGGUAGGACGGCUCUUCAUUAUGCCCUGUCUAAACGAGUGCUCAAGCUUCUUCUAGAAAAUGGAGCCGAUACUGAAAUCAAAGAUGAAGAAGGUGAAACAGCUCUCUUCAAGGCAGUGAAAGGCAAAAGAUUCGAAUAUACGGCGCCGAUUCUGAUUCGAUAUGGAGCUCAUGUUGACACUUCUUGCAAGUCGGGACUACCAGCUAUUUUCUAUGCCAAAACAAAAAAGACUCUCAAACUUCUUUUGAAGAAUGGAGCAGAUGUGGAUGCUAAAUGUCAAGGUUUAACAAGUCUUAUAAUUCAAGGUAAAAACAGACUCACUGGACUAUUAUUAAUCCUACUCAAGUACGAUACAAAUGUUAAUUUCCGCAAUUUUUUAGGAGUAACAGUUUUUCAGAUAUCUGUAAAGUUGAAUUACUUGGACAUAGUUCCGUUAUUGUUGAGAUGUAAGUGCGAUGUAAAUGCCUCAGACGAGUAUAAACAGCGAGCUCUUCAUGUUUCUCGGUCAGGUGAAAUGGUGAACCUUCUCAUAAAGAAUGGGGCUGACAUUGAUGCCAUAGACGAAGAUCUCGGAACGGCCCUCCAUACCGCUGCAUUCUUGAAACGUUCAGAUGUGGCAUCAGCUUUGCUCGAAAAUGGAGCUGAUGUUAGUUUACAGGAUAAAGAUGGUUGUACAGCGCUUCAUCAUGCGAUCGAAAAUAACAUGUCUGAACUGGUUAAGAUGCUGAUUGAAAAGAGAUCCGAUCUCACUAUCGCAAAUAAGAAAAAACUCACACCUUUAGACUACGCGAAACGCCAUGCUAAUCCGUGGCUAUUGGAAUACAUCAUACAUCACACCAUCAAGAUGAAGAUCGCCGGACUCAACAUGGGCAAACAAAAUCUUGUGGCUGUCGAAUCAAUUUCUGGCGACGAGAGUGAAAUUGAUUGUCUUUGCAAGAAAGAAUUGGACAGGAUAAGAGGUCACAGGCUGGAUAAUUCAAUGUCACUGUAUCGAAUUUUUCUGGCUAAAGAUCCUCAAUAUGCGUCUGAUAGAGGUUUGGACGAUCUAGAGUCACUUGACUCCUUUAUAUGGACGAACAAUUAUCCGUUGUAUGGAAGGUUGAUGAAGAACAAGUUUAUGGAAGAUAGGAGAAGAGCAAAGUUGCUUUUACGAGGUAAAAAUUCAUUGGACGUGAUUACAAAUACGAAUGAUAAUCGUAGCAAAUUCGUGUUACAAAUUAUACCUGAUGAAGUGGUCAUGAGAAUACUCUCUCAACUCAAAGACACGGAACUAAAACGCUUGAUUAAAUUUGGUAAAGAUAUCAGGCGCCAUUUGUAG